GAAGAUUGCUCAUUUGAAACAGGGAAGCAACUCUCUCUCCCCCGUCGAAGUCGUUUCUGCCUCUGAUAUUUUCUCCAUUCUUCCUUUUCUUCUUUCUGACUGCGCGAGAUUUUUCCCCUGAAGCUACUUUCCGGAGAAACAAACAGAGGCUAGAGAAAGAAAUUGAAUAGUUACCCCUUAAAUAGUUCCGGUUUUGCUCGUAUUUCUGAGAUGAAUUUGGUCAUAAAUCAUCGCCACAGCAGUUAUGGCACUCCUUUUUGCAAAUUCUCAAGCCACAAACAUGAGACUGGCAAAUAUAAGGUGCCCGUCAGAGUGCCUAAGAGGUCUGCCAUGGCUGAGGAUCUUACCCAAGAUAUUGUAUCAUUGUCAAAGACUGAAAAAAGUGGCAGCUUUCUAAUUAAGACAGCUGCAACUUCCUCUGCAUUUGCAGCAGCAAAUUUUUUUGCAACAACAGACAUGGCAAAGGCUGCAAAUAUAAAGGAUAUAUUGGAAGGGGCUACUUCUGUUUAUACUUUGGCCGAUGGGAGCAUUGGAGAUUGGUUUGGAGGCUUCCUAUAUUCAGCUGGACAACAGGCUAAUGCAGCUGUUCAGGACCAGUUGUCAGCUCUCAGUUUCACUAGUUUGGCAGUUAUAUUUGGGGCAGGUCUUGUAACCAGCCUUUCUCCUUGUACAUUAAGUGUCUUACCACUGACCCUUGGUUACAUUGGAGCAUUUGGCUCGGGGAAAGGCAGAGCAGAGGUCAUUGGGAAUUCAGUUGCAUUCUCUUUAGGAUUGGCAACAACACUAGCAAUCUUGGGUGUAGCAGCCUCAUUCGCAGGAAAGGCAUAUGGACAGAUAGGACAGGGACUACCUUUGGCUGCUUCUGGUUUGGCUGUUAUUAUGGGUCUUAAUCUCCUUGAGAUAAUUGAACUACAACUUCCCUCAUUUUUUAACAACUUUGACCCCCGUUCUGCUGCGGCUAAUCUCCCUUCAAGUGUGCAAGCUUACUUGGCCGGGCUUACGUUUGCAUUAGCUGCCUCACCUUGCAGUACGCCUGUGCUGGCUACUCUACUUGGAUAUGUUGCUACAUCAAAGGAUCCAGUGAUUGGAGGCAGCUUACUUUUGACAUACACGACUGGCUAUGUUGCUCCUCUACUUCUUGCUGCUUCUUUUGCUGGAGCAUUGCAGAGCCUGCUUUCGUUCCGCAAGUUCUCAGCAUGGAUUAACCCAACCAGUGGUGCACUUCUGCUAGGUGGGGGAAUCUACACUCUCUUGGAUAGGCUUUUCCCUACCUCAAUGGUCAUGUAGGGAUCUCCCUUCCAAACAUAUGGUAACAAGUACUGUUGUACAGGGGGGGCGCAAAUAUGGUAGGAUCAAAGAUUACAACAUGAAUUUCUCACUUUUGAGAUUCAGAUAUUAAAACUUGUGUUUGGAGAGAAAAAUAUUCAGAGAAUCAGAGAAAACAAAGCUACUCCUUGGUUGUCACACCAAAAUAUUUGGUGAGAAUUUGAGUUGAACUCUCAACUCUCUCUGCAACGAAUGUAACCAAGUUAAUUCUACAGCAACAUGCACUAAAGCAUGAUAUUCCGACUCA